CGAAAUCGAUAAGAUAAAAAAAAUGACUAUUAUUUUUUUCCUACAAUUUGUCAGUCAUUGCGAUCGCUCGGAGUAAACAUGUUUGUUUUUAUUUUUUUCCUGAUGCUAACAAUUAUAACUGCAGACAAAGAAAUAGAUAAUAUUCAUGUUUGUGGCUCAAAUGAAAAAUCGGAUUUAUGUGGACAUAUGUGCGAACCAACGUGUGCUAAUCCCCAUCCCAACCCUAAUUUUUGCCCAGGACUACAAUGCACGGAACUAACACGGCAAUGUCGGUGUGAGCAUGGAUAUUUACGUGAUUCAAAUAAAAAUUGUGUAGACCCUAAAGAUUGUCCAGCAAAAAAGUAAUAGAAUAUGUAUUUCGAUGUUAUUAAAAUAAACAAAUUCAAAAAAGUUAAAUAUACAUUUUUUUAAAAAUCAUUAUUAGAAUUAAAAUUUUGUAACUUGGGUUCAAAUUGCUAUUAUGGAAUAAAAAAAAAAUUCA